CGAGACGAGAGAUAGAGAGAGAUGGUGACGAAAACGGAGGAGAGACAGCUGAAUCAACUCGAGAAUCAGGUCGAUAAUGGUGGAGGCGGUGUGUGGGAAUACCUCUGUCUUGUUCGGAAGCUCAAGGUUCGCCGGUCAGAGAAGGUGUUAAAGCAUGGUCUCGGGAUUUUGAAUGAUCCGGGAAAACGAUCUGCUGUAGGUCCAGAUGAAUGGACCUUAUAUGAGCAGGUAGCAAUUGCAGCUAUGGACUGCCAACGCCUUGACGUUGCACAGAAUUGCAUAAAGGUUUUGCAGAAGAAAUUCCCUGAGAGCAAGAGGGUUGGCAAACUAGAGGCUUUGUUCCUCGAAGCUAAAGGAUUAUGGGAAGAGGCUGAGAAAGCAUAUUCAAGCCUUUUGGAGGACAAUCCACUUGAUCAAGUGAUACACAAACGAAGGGUGGCUAUGGCCAAAGCAAGGGGGAAUCUUUCCUCAGCCAUUGAGUUCCUUAACAAAUAUCUUGAACUAUUCAUGGCUGAUCACGAUGCAUGGAGAGAACUUGCUGAAAUUUAUCUUUCCUUGCAAAUGUACAAACAAGCGGCAUUCUGCUAUGAGGAACUCAUAUUAUCUCAGCCUACAGUUCCACUGUACCAUCUAGCAUAUGCCAAUGUAAGUCCAUCUUUCAUUCUCUGUAGGUGAUCAUACAUAUUUUCAUAGUUUUGACAGCAAAUCCAUAGAGAAAGAGGAAAAAAGCAAGUCAUGAUGUAAUGUUUGUGGUCCUCUGGUGAUGUAUAUAGUUGUAAGACUGAACACAAUUCAACAAUUUUUAACGUAGUAAAUAAAGUAUGAGGACACUGUAAUGAGGAUGUCUUUUGCAAUGGGAUCUUGGCACUUUCACCAUAAAUUGGAAAUUGAUAAUACACUGUUUCUUUGUUUUGGAAAAAGAACUUUCGAAACUCAUUAAACCUCCAUACAGGAACAAGUAUUGCCAUCUGCUGAGACAGGCACAUCAUAUUAGAAAAAUCAGAUGCAGAACUUGAAUCCUGGAAAAUGAUGCUACAUCUAAAAAUGUUGAAUGUUUUUAGAAUAUCUGAGUUACAGCUUCUUUGAAAGAAAUUCUUUCUAGGACUUGAGUACAAGGAAACC